AUGGCGUUUUUCAAGCGGCUGAUGGACCAUGUGUUCAAUCAGGUCCUGGUGGAGACGCUGGCAAACAGCCGGUGGUUCCAGCGGUUUGCAGUGUACUCUCACAAGAUGAGCAAGGAGAUGGCAGAGAAGGGCAAGGACGGCAGCAAGGUGCUCGACCAGCACAUCGGCACCCUGGCAUCUAAGGCCAAGGAAACAGCCUCAAAGCUGCAGCAGGACUUCAUGGCGGAGCUGAGGAAGCUGCAGGAAGCUGAGGCCGCGCGGCAGCGGCAGCAAGGCGGGAAAAGAUGA